UUUCGAAAUUCCAACUUGCCUGGGCAUUAUUCACAUAAACACUAGGUAAACAUUUUAAGUGGCCUUUGGGCAUGGGAAGAUAUUCGGUUCGUCUGCCAAGCGUGACUGGAAGAAGUUCGUUCGCAUACUCCAUAGGCGCGUUCGCAAACCGUCCUAAGCGAAUCAACGGUGUGCUUAGUUUCGGCCACAUCAUGACUGAGAACAUGACGCUGGAACAGGUCUCCACCGCGAAGUGCUACGAGGGCGAGCAGCGCGUGUACCGCCACCGCUCCGGCACGUUGGACUGCGACAUGACCUUCGGAGUCUUCCUGCCACCGGCUGCUCUGGAGGGCAAACCUUGUCCGGUUCUCUUUUUCCUCAGCGGACUCACCUGCAGCCACGAGAACUUCAUCCAGAAGAGUGGUUUCCAGGCGCACGCCGCCAAGCACAAUCUGAUCGUCGUGAAUCCGGACACUUCGCCCAGGGGCGUGGAAAUCGCCGGUCAGGAUGAUGCCUACGAUUUUGGCAGUGGUGCUGGUUUUUAUGUGGAUGCCAAAGAGGAGCCGUGGUCGAAACACUACAAGAUGUACAGCUACGUGACGCAGGAGCUGGUGGAUGUGGUGAAUGCCAAUCUGCCCGUGGUUCCCGGCAGGCGGGGAAUCUUCGGUCACAGCAUGGGCGGCCAUGGAGCACUGAUUUGUGCCCUCAAGAACCCCGGAUUGUACCAGUCGGUGUCGGCCUUCGCCCCGAUAGCCAAUCCCACGGAGUGUCCGUGGGGCCAGAAGGCCCUCGCAGGCUACUUGGGUUCCAAUACGGCUGACUGGGCCCUGUGGGACGCCACGCAUCUGGUGUCGCAAUACGAGAGCACGCCGCAGGAACUGUUCAUCGACCAGGGUGCGUCGGACAACUUCCUCGCUGCCAAGCAGCUGCUGCCAGAGAACCUUCUGGCUGCCGCCGAUGGCAACGACCACAUCCAAACCAUCUACAAACAGCGGGAGGGCUACGAUCACAGCUACUUCUACAUCGCCACCUUUAUCGGAGAGCACAUCGCCUACCACGCCGCCCUGUUAACCGCCUCCUCUUAAGAGUUUCCUUCGAAAAUUGAUGCCCCUGCUGCUUGUACUUUUCCAUCGGUUUGUAUUCUACAAAAAUAUUUAUUUGGGAAUAAAUCAAAAGUAAAAACAUUUUAUAUUUCAAAGUGGAACAUUUUUUGGCUAUUCACUGUUGUCAUUUAAUAAACUUCUUACAAAUAAAGAUAUGAUAAGAGGGUCUAUAAAAACAA